AUCGUCCGUGCGCAGUCGACACCAGUAGUUGUUGGUAUGCGGUCGCAGAAUUUGGAUUAUACUUUUUCGGUGCCGCUGCGCGCGUGGAAUCUGACAGAGAAAGCGAGUAAAAGAGAGUCCGAGAUAGAGGGAUUAUGAUGCCGCUUAUACUUUACUCGCUCUCCCGUUUUAUUUUAUGUUAUCAACCCGAGGUUUCUUGGCCAGAGACUCGUAAUCUCUUGUGUCCCAUAAAAAUGCCACUGUAUUACGCCGGUUUAAAUCCCAGCUCUUUUUAUUCUGGCAAAUAUACCGUAGAGAAAUUCACCGAAAUACCCUUUACGGAUAUCACUGAUGUUUAUAUCGAUUGGAAUUAUUUACUCCUAUGGCGUUACACUGAACUUUGGAUUACCGGCACUAUUGGUGACCUUCAAAAUCCUGUUUUAACCUGCCCUAAGGAACUCAAGAUUCCUGAUAAUGCAUCCGGACGAUGUUUAUCAGCAACCGGUGGGGUCGACAACAUAACUAUUCUCACUUCGAAUAAUGAAAUCUGGAGAUAUAAAAUCUAUGAGAAAAGCUGGAAAAAAGUACCUCGUUUCAUACCUUUGAAGGAUGAUGGCGAUGAAACGGUAGAAAAAAUUGUCAAAAUGGAUCAGGGAAAAGUCGUUGUUGCCCUAACCAAUUUGGGACGUGUUUUUAAUGUACCAGCUCUUGUUGAAAUGCCGGAGGGUGUGAAAUUUAUAGACAUAUCCUGUGGUUUGGAACACACUCUUAUGUUAGCUGAGAAUGGAGAUGUUUACUCUAUGGGGCUGGGAACACGAGGACAACUUGGACACUGCGAUCUAGAGGAUAGCGAUGAACCAAAAUUGGUAGAAGCUCUGGCCGGCUUGAAAGUUUCACAGAUAUCUGCAGCGGGUUGGUGCAGCGCUGCUGUUGUGGAAGAGGGUGACCUCUAUGUUUGGGGCUGGAACAAUGAAGGUCAAUUGGGAUUGGGCGAUGACCAAAAAGUUGUGGCAGUUCCUACAGUCGUAGAUUUCAAAGAUGAAUGCGAAGAAACGUUGGAAUUAAGGAUCGUAAAGGUUCAAUGUACGAGUUCGUUUGUUAUUUGUUUGACAGAUAACGGAGAAUUGUGGGGAUGCGGUUCAAACAAGUACGGUCAAAUGGGACAAGACAAAAAAUUAUUUCCUGGUGCAAAGAGAUUUAUGAAAAUUCCCAUUGACUUCAAUGGUAACCACGUAGAAGAUUUUAAGUGUAGGGCACGAGGAACCUUGAUAUUCACCAGUAGAGAUGAUCGAUAACCAAGAAAUCGGAAUAAAGUAUUUGGACUGCUUCACAAAUAUGUUCUCAGUCAGAAAAUUUUCUUUUCAACAUUCAGUACCUUGAUAAAUAGAAUAAAAAACGAUUUGUGAAUUUUUUCCAGACGAUCACACACUCUUGAUAUUUUUUUGGAUCAGUGUAAAUUAGAAUUGUAGCUGAAUUAAAAUUUAUUGCUUGGAAUUUAUGUACCUCGAACCUUCAAACAUUUUUUUGACAUUUUCGUUCUCUUUAUCGCUCAUUUUCACUGACUUUCAUUGAAUUCCUUUAAAAUAUCGGCAACUCCGUUUACUUCCAUUCAAGGUAGAAUGAAACGUCGUUUUUCCAUUAAGAUUUCUUCAUCUGUGAGUAUCACUGGAUCUUCUAAUGUCAGCAUUCUUUGUAUCUCGACUGUGGCUAUUUUUCUUUUCAUCUGUUACGACAAGGAUACUUUAAAAGAUGAUACGAAUAAAACUGAUUACUGUUCAA